GAAAAGAAUUUGGUAUAAAUAGUUACUGCACUCAGUUGACUUGUAUCAGUUAGCCACUGGCUUCAAACAGAGUCACAAAUUCGUAUAAUUUUUUGCCUUUGCGAAUCAAAUUCAAAACUUAAAUUAAAAAUGCAAAUCCUCUCGUGUAUCGCCUUCACCGCUGCCGCACUCGUUGGCGUCGCUUGCGCAGGAUACAUUCCACACGGACACGCUUCCAGUUACGCCUCGGUUCUUCAGCACACUGACGGACACUAUGGUUAUGGCAGCCACGACAACUCUCUGCACUAUGCUGGACAUGGCUAUGCUCACCACGACCACCACUACGAGCACCACGAACCCCACCAUUAUCCCAAGUACUCUUUCGAGUAUGGCGUAAAGGACGCACAUACCGGUGAUCAUAAGAGCCAAUGGGAGCACCGUGAUGGUGAUCAUGUCAAGGGAGGAUAUACUCUGGAGGAAGCCGAUGGCACCACACGCGUUGUGGAGUACACCGCCGAUGAUCACAACGGCUUCAACGCGGUUGUCAAGAAAAUCGGCCAUGCCCACCAUCCUCAGACAUAUCACCAUGGCGGUUAUGGCUAUGAUCAUGGUCACGCUGGUAGCUACUAAGCGAACCUUCUAACGAAUUAAAACGAACUUAUUGGAAAUGUUGUUUAAUGAAACUGUGUUGU